AUGAACAGAUUAGUGAAAGCGGACGAAGAUGCCAAGCUUGCAAAGAAACCAGACGGGCUUCCCCCUUCCAUAGAGCGAAUAAGAGGCGAAGUUAAGAGGCAACAAGACGAGCAGUUCCUCGCAGUCAUUGGUCGAGGGGAAUACCGAUUAACUGAAGAUUUCUCCUUCCUUGGGAUCGACGAGAAGGGCUUCUAUAGAAUGAGUCACAAGCAGAAGGACGCCCUGAAGAAGAAAUUCUUCUCAUCAUCCAUGUCAAGGUUACGAAACGAAGAUUCAGAAGAACAAGGAGCCGCCACAGAUACAACGUUAUCCAUAACUGCUGAAAAUGCCCAGAUUAUUGAUAUUCCCUACCCAGUGCUAAAGGGGAUGUUCAGCAAGGCUGCUACGACAGUGGAAGAUCCGUCCGCGCUGUGGAAAGUGCCAACUGGUGAAGGAGGUGACCCCUCAUGCCCAAUCAGAUACAUGGUUCACAGCCAAACAUCACGUGAGCCUCACACUGUCCUUGUUUAUCCCAAAACUGGCAAGGUGCAGUGUGAUAAAGGGUGUGUAAGCUGGUCCACGUACAGUUUGUGUUCACACACCCUAGCAGUAGCGGAGAAAGAGGGGGCUUUAAAGGAGUUCCUUAAAUGGUUCAAAAGCAGAAAGCGUUCUCCUAAUCUGUCAGGCCUUGCAAACGUGAACAUGCCUAACAAUGCUGGUCAAAAACCGGAACAAGGAAGCGGAAAGGUGGAAGCAAUAAAUCCUCAACUGAUAGGAACAUUGUUCGCAAUCGGGUAUUGCAGCCUACAUCCGCACCCGUCAAUGAUUCAUGCCCAUCUGCAAUUGACCAAAACACCCCACCUUGGCCGCCAGUGUCGCCUUUGCCUCACAUUCAGCUGGGUAACAGUUUCAACGUGCCUCGGACUCCACUAG